AUGAACGGCGGGGCCACGGCCGCCUGCGCGGCGUACCCGUGGCCCGGCUACUGCGGCGGCUCCCUGGGGCUCAAGGUGCAGGCUAAGAGCUGCGGCCCGCCGGGGGGGACGCAGCCGCCGCCGCCGCCUUCCUCCUCCUCCUCCUCCUCGGCGGCGCGCUGCAAAGGUCCCAAGCGGCGCGCCGGCUCGCCGGAGCUGCUGCGCUGCAAGCGGCGCCUGGCCUUCCCGGGCCUGGCGGGGGGCGGCGGCGGCGGCGGGGCGGCGGCGGUGGCGCGGCGCAACGAGCGCGAGCGCAACCGCGUCAAGCUGGUCAACCUGGGCUUCCAGGCCCUGCGCCAGCACGUGCCCAACGGCGCCGCCGCCAAGAAGAUGAGCAAGGUGGAGACGCUCCGCUCCGCCGUCGAGUACAUCCGCGCCCUGCAGCGGCUGCUGGACCAGCACGACGCCGGCCCCGACGGCCUGCUGCUGCCGACGCCCCCCGACGCCGCCGCCGCCGCCGCCGGCUCCUACUCGUCCGCCUCGCCCUCCUUCGACGGCCGCGGGGGCAGCUCCGCGCCGGCCUCGCCCCGCUCCGGCUACUCCUCGGACGAGAGCGGCUACGAGGGCGCCCUCAGCCCCGAGGAGCAGCAGCUGCUCGACUUCACCAGCUGGUUCGCCGGCUACUGA